AUCUGUGUGAAUGGCUGUGUAUGAUUGUGUAUGCGGUAUUAUUGUUUUGUUUGAUUCGUAUUGCGUUGACGACGUAGUAGUAUUUUUAAUUUCGUGAAUUUCUUUUGUUUUUAAUGUUGUUGUUGUUUUUGUUUUAUUAUUCGCAUUGUAUUGAAAUUCUUUACAGUUCUUGCGUAUCAGUGCAUAAUAGACGGCGGUCUGUUGUUUGGUCGGGUGCGAAUUCCAUGCUUUUUGUUUUUGGUGUUGUACUUGCUGCUGCUGCUGCUGUUGUUGAUUUUGACUCACCAACAGUAUGAAAAGAACUACACUACUUGAUAAAAAUACGACGUCAACAACAACAAGAACAUCGUAGAACUACUACUACUACGACGAUGAUGAUGUUGAUUUCUACAACUCGGCUGAGAGUAAAAAUACUAGUGCGUGUGAGAGUAAGUUUUAUUUAUUUAUAUAUUUUUUUUAUUCAUUUCAAUUCAAUAACAAAACAAUGCGCAAAAAAACAUGAAAAAAGAACAAAAAAACACAACACUGUAUAAUGACCUUCAGUCAGCGACGUUAGCUGUGCAGUUAAAAGCGAUGAGGCCGUAACUGCUCGGUUGGCAGUAGUGUACGAUAAAUAUUUGUCUCUGUUUUGAUUAUUUUCGUUUGUAGUGUAGACGCAUAGUAGUAGCGGUUAGUGAGAGAAGAAGAGGAAGCAUAAUAUAUACGAUAACAAAAAAAAGCAUGGCGCAACUACUAUAACGUGAAAUUUGAAGUUAAUUUAAAAAUUCGCAAGUUUAAAAAGUUUUAGUUGAAAAAUUUCAACAAAAUCAUGAAUUACUGAAAUAUAAGUCAGAUCCUAAUAGCACCAGCUCCCCGAACGCACCAAUAUAAUAGAGCAGUCUUGUUCAUGGUCCACUCGAACCGUCGAGUAUCAGAAGUAAAUAUCUCCCUGUUCAUUGGAAUCUGAUUGUUCAAUCGAACCGCUGAGAGUCCAAAAAACAAACAACCAGAGAGUCAAGAAGUCUACAUAAAUUUUUCCAUUCUAACAUAAUUAAAACUUUGAAGUUCUAACAUCGCUGGAAAUAGCACUCCUACCAUAACAGAAUGAGGUAAAGUACAUUUAUAUAUUUUAAUGUAUUCAGUUUCUUUCGGGCGAUCAAAGCGUACGUAUGAAAUCGAAGUAAGGAAAUUUAAAAAAAAAAAAACUACCAACAAAGUAUAAGGAAAAAAACUACGUAGAAUCCAUAAAGUCGAAAAAAAAACUCUUAAAAAAAAAAUUCUAAAAAUCGUGAUAAAACUGUGUCAAAUUUAUGGAAAAAUCUUAAAAAACAAAAAAAUAAUACAAAAAGCGAAAAAACGGUGGUUUGCUAAAAAAAAAUUUUCUCGGUAAAACAAGAAAAUUGAGAAAAUAGCUUGAAUUACAACAACCACGUCGGAAUAUUAUCAUUGUCAAAUUUACGAAAAAAAAAAAUCUAAAAAUUAAAAAAAUCUGUACACCAAAAAUUAAAAAAAAAAGAAUCAUAAAAAACAGUUAGAAAAGUCCGUUAUAGUGUCCGUUAAUACUUUGUAAAAACAUUUUUUUCAAGUUCAUCAACUUUUGUAAUUUUUUAUUAUCAUUUCUUGGUUUCAUUUGUCUUUCCUUAAUUUCUGCAUUUGUGAAAAUCAUACGAAGAGAAAAAAAAAGGAGCAAACAAAAAAGUGGUAUACAUAAAAAAAUCGUGGUGAAAUUCUUUAUAUAUCUCUCUAUUUCUCAGUCAGUGUUAAAAUUAAUAAGAAAAGAUAACCAACGAAAAAGCUCAUUGUUAAGUUUGUCAACAGAAAGUUCGAUUUAAAAGAAAUAAAGAAACCCAACUUUCAACUACAACCUUUCACUCUUAAAGCUCGCGGUCAAACGCGUACGAGAGAAUCUUUAAGCUCAGUCCGUAACUUUGCGCUCGAUCAAACAUCGAACAAGUUGAUCUGUUUGAACAAAAAUGGAACAUAAGGUUAAGGUAGUACAUAAAAUUUGUUACAUAAAUAUAUUAUGCCAAAUAUUAUUAUUUUCUCAUGUUAAUUGGUGAACAAAUCCUUCUUAUGUUAAAAUCGAAUUUAAAGUAAAUAAUAGUUUGUGUUUUUCAAAUUCAGUGAAAAGUUGCAGCGUUUAAUAAAGUGUAAAGCGGUUUAAAACAAAUGCAUACAAGUUUAUUGCAGUUGCUCUAAAUUUAUUUGUUUUUAAAAUAUUAUACAAACAAUUAAUUCAAAAUUCUCAAAUUUCGGAAUCAUCAGAAAUUAAUUCGAACUAAAAAUUUUAAGUGCAUUUAGGAAAAAAAAACAAGCGAACAAACAAAAAGUUUAAAUUUAAUCCUAAAAAAUUCAUAAAGUUUUUAAAAUUUAUUUUUUAAUUUUGUAAAAAAUAUACAAACAUUUGAAAAACACAAAAAACAAAAAGAAAAUAAACAUGGUCAUUGUAUUGUCAUAUUCGCACAAAUAUUAAAUUUAAAUCUCAUGUCAAAAGAAAGGAAAAUCGAUACAAUUUCGACCAUAAGUUCAUUAAGUUUCGUAUAUGGUAACACAAUCUACAUUUCUUAACCUAAUCAAACACAUUUAAAUGGCAAAAAUUUACUAAUUUUGAAAGAAAGAUCCUAGUUGUGAAAAAUAGUUCUUUGCAUUUGCACUAUAUUACAAAUGAUGAAGAUAACAGUCUGAUCAAACAUCAUUCAGUACAAUAAUUAAAAAAAAUUAGUAUCGAAAUUUAAAACAUAACCCAAAGGAUAAAUCCCCCUUUUCUCAAAUUUAAUUUUUAUUUAAUUCGGUAUAUGUAUUGUCGUAACGAAAUUCUUAAUUCCUGAAUAAAUUUCCAUAAAAUCUCGGUUUCUAGUCUAACAUUUUCUACAUUUGAAAAUUCGAACAUUUUCAAAGUACAACAGAAAAUGUUAAUGGUUUUAUAACAUUCCUAAAGUCUAAAAUUUUCAACAGAAAAUGCUAAUGUUUUUAUAACAUUUUAAAAUCCAACAUUUUCUACAUUGAAAAUUCUAACAUUUUCUACACUGAAAAUUCUAACAUUUUCUACACUGAAAAUUCUAGCAUUUUCUACAACAGAAAAUGCUAAUGUUUUUAUAACAUUUUUAAAAUCCAAAAUUUUCUACAUUGAAAAUUCUAACAUUUUCUACACUGAAAAUUCUAAUAUUUUCUACAAAAGAAAACUGUAAUAUUUUAAUAGAAUUUCUGAAUACUCCAGUUUCCGAAAAAAAGGAGAAAAAGAACAUUCUAAAGAUAGGAACUACUAAGGUUCUAAUAAAGGAAAUUAAAACUGCAGUUUCUUUAUUGCAUUUUCUCAAUAAAUAAGUCCGCUAUUAAUUUCGUGAUAAAAUUAUUGAAUAAUUUCGCACUGAUACUCUUAGGGAAUCAGAAUACCCAAAUCAAAUUAAAAUUUGAACAGGAGAAUAGGAAAUAUUUAAGAUUAAAAUUUUAACUCAAAACUCAUAUCUAAAAUACAUAUAUACUUCCCUUCUAAAAUCUCGUAAGUUGAAACCAUGUCCAAUCCAAAUUUAGACACUGUAGACCACACCCAAUCUUUAAUCCAAGAUAAAUUUAUGUUUGACAGUGAUCACCUUCUGUCAUUUUGCUCCAACUUCAGUAAUAGUGAAAUUCAAGAUCAAACAGAUUCUAUGCUUGAAACAAAACUAGAAGACUUGGAAAAUAGAUGGACAAAAUUGGAAAUCUCGUAUGAGAGACUCAUGCUCGCACCAAUAUCCACUGCAAGCAAAGAUUUAAAAGAUAGUGCUAAAGUCAAUUUUAAUGCAUGCUCUGAAACUUUUCACACAUGUCGAUCUAAUAUAAUGGACAUGCUAAAGAUCAAUAGAAUAACUCCCACUUCUCAUAACAUUACGUCUCGAAUGAGCUUACCACUUCAAGCUUACCCACCUCAAAACUCAAGUGUAAAUAUCAAACUUCCGCCUUGCGACACUGAAGUUUUUGCAGGAAGUUAUGAAAAUUGGCCAUCGUUUCGUGACAUGUUCACAGCGAUCUAUAUAAACGGCACAAAUUGUCCACCUGUGGUUAAAUUGUUUCAUUUGCGAAAUAAAACCAGAAAUGAGGCAGGCGCAAUUGUAAAACGCUACCCACUUUGCGAUGACAGCUUUGAUCUCGCUUGGAAUGCACUCAAAGCUCGUUAUGAAAACAAAAGAGUUUUAGUAGAUCAUCAACUCCAAAUCCUUUUUAACAUCCCCAUAGCCACCUCUGAAGAUAGUAAGACACUUCAGAAAAUCCAUUCAACUGUCGCUGACGUUCUUCAAACCCUUCAUACUCUAAAUGUAAACACAGAAAAUUGUGAUUUUUUCAUAGUUCAUCUAGUUUGCUCCAAACUUCCUAAUGAGACUCUCGCUCUAUGGGAACAAUCGCUUAAGUCCCAUCGUGAAUUAUUAAAAUGGUCGCAAUUAGAGGAAUUCCUAAUCGACAGAUACGAAGCAGUCGAAAGAAUUUCUAAUAUGAAAAUUACUAAAGAGCGUCUAAGUUUACCAGAUUUUUCUCAAUCUACAAUCCAAUCUUACUCUUCACAAGAGAAACUUAACACUUCAUGUAAACUUUGUAACGAAGUCCAUAAUCUAAGAACAUGUAAAAAAUUCAAAAGAUUCACUAUACAGCAAAGAAUAGAUUUCGUUUCAGCCAACAAAAUUUGCACAAAUUGUCUUUCUCCAAAUCACUUAAAAGCAAAAUGUCCUAGCAAGAAUACGUGCUUCAUAUGUAAAUCAAAUCAUCACACCUCUCUUCAUCUAGCAAAACCCAACAAUUCUGAGAUUCAGCCUAUUUCCUCUAAUCCUCCAAGAUAUGUAUCUGAUAGUCGUAACCAAGGCACCUCAACAAAUGUCAAACAGAUAGCUAUUUCGCAAAACGAUUCCCCUUCCACAUCGGAACAAGCACAGAAUUCAAGAACUCAAGUUCAAGCUAAUAUUUCAGUUAAUAGUGAGUUCAUAUUGCUCAGAACAGCACUAGUUCAUAUUCUACAUAUGGGAGAGCUUUUCAAAGUGAGAGCCCUGAUUGAUUCAGGAUCUCAAAGAACAUUUUUAUCAGAAAAAGUCAGAAAUAGACUUCUGCUCCCAACCCGAAAAUCCCAUGUUGAUGUAAUUGGUAUUGGAGGUCAAGUGCAAACUGCGACUAAAGAAUGCGAUCUUGUUCUUUUUGCCCAAAAAUCAAACAUUAAAGUCUCAAUCAGUGCUAUCAUAUUACCAAAAGUCACAAACCACAUUCCCUCAGUGUCAUUUGAAUUUCCCAAGUUUAAAACGGAAAAUCUCGAUUUAGCUGACCCAACAUUCAAUCAAUCUUCUCAGAUUGACCUCAUUCUCGGGAAUGAUUCAGAGCGUUUCAUAAAUAUUGAUGGAAUCAAGAAAAAUAUAUGUGGUCACGUAUCUGCUUAUAACACAAUAUUUGGAUGGGUUCUCAGUGGACCAAUUAAAGGACGGCCAAUUCAGUCUUUCACAACGUCUAUAGUUCCCUCUGAAACCUCUAUUCUAAAUAAUCUCCUGCGAAAGUUCUGGGAACAGGAGGAAUUGCUAUCCCCUAAACUUAUAUCCGAAGAGGACCAGUAUUGCGAAACAUUUUACAAGAACACGACAACGCGGCAACAGGACGGUAGAUAUGUCGUUCGUUUACCUUUCAAAAAAGAAUUCCCAUGUUCUUUAUUUCUCAGCACGUCUCGAAUACUAGCUCUUGGUCAAUAUUCCCGUAUGAAAAUAUCGUUAUCGAAAGACCCUGAACUCCAAACCCAAUACAACGCUGUUUUGAACGAAUAUUUAUCUCUUCAACACAUGGAAAAAACCACAUUUCGUGAAGUGUGUAUCGAUGACAAAUAUUUUUCCUUCUACUUGCCACACCAUGCAGUAGUUCGUCCUGAGCACAAAACAACCAAGGUUUGAGUAGUUUUUAAUGCGUCACGAAAAACAAAAUCAGGAUAUUCUGUGAAUGACGUUCUUUAUACUGGUCCAACCCUGCAGCAAGACCUCAUGAAUGUAAUUCUUAAUUGGCGUACAUAUCGUUACGUUUUCAGUGGCGACAUUCAAAAAAUGUAUCGCCAGAUAUUGGUACACCCAGAAGAUAGAUCUUUCCAAAGAAUUCUGUUUCAAGAAGAGCACUCUGCCCCUUUUAAAGACUAUCAGCUCAAAACUGUUACAUUUGGAGUAAAUUGCGCUCCAUUUUUAGCAAUCCGUACACUACUUCAAUUAGCUACAGAUUCAGAAGCAAAGUUUCCCAGAGCGGCUUCCAUUUUACGAAAUGAGACGUAUGUUGAUGACAUAUUGUCGGGAGGUCACACAAUUGAAGAAGCAUUAAACGCUCAAACUGAAUUAAUUCUCACUCUACAAUCAGCGGGAUUUCCAUUAAAGAAAAUUACCGCUAAUACUUCCGAAUUGCUCACUAAUAUUGCUUCUGAAGAUCUCUAUGAUUCAGAAUUCCUUCGCUUUCAAGAAACAAGCACAACAAAAACAUUAGGAAUCAAGUGGAAUGCCCUCACUGAUUCAUUCUCCUACUCAUUUUUUCCAAUUCCCCAAUCAUCCAACGUUACAAAACGCGCUAUACUCUCUGCAGUAGCCAAAUUGUUCGACCCUGCUGGGUGGAUAAACCCGAUAGUUAUCAGAGCCAAAAUGCUUAUGCAGCAACUGUGGCUAGAAGGUCUAGAUUGGGACCAAAACGUCAGUUCCGAAUCGCUCGAAUUAUGGAACAAUCUUAUCUCCGAUCUGCCCUAUAUUGAAAACAUUGUUAUCCCACGGUGGAUACAAUUCGCACCCCUUGACAUCAUACAUAUACAUGGGUUCUCAGAUGCCUCAAAACAAGCAUAUUGUGCCGCUGUUUAUAUAAGAUGUCAAACUAAAAGUAAUGUCUCAUACUCUAAUUUAUUAGUAGCGAAAAGUAAAGUAGCUCCUCUACAAACUGUUUGUUUACCUCGGCUUGAACUUAACGGAGCUCUUUUGUUAGCCAAAUUAGUCAAUCAUGUGCUAAAAUUUCUCAACUUAAAUGAAUCCGAACUCAUAUUGUGGACUGACUCAACUAUAGUGUUAAGUUGGCUAUCUAAACCCCAACGACAUGGGAAACAUAUGUUGCCAACCGUAUAUCUCAGAUCCACCAAUUAGUACCAAAAGCUAUAUGGCGUCAUGUUCCCACUCAUGACAACCCUGCCGAUUUGGGUACACGUGGUUGUAGGCCGCAAGAUUUAGUAAUUAACCCGUUAUGGUGGCAUGGACCUUCUUGGCUGGUUAACCCUCAGUCUUCAUGGCCAUCUAGAGUAGAUAUCCCAACGUCACAGCACUCGUUAGCUACAUCCAUUAUCCCAGUUCAAAUUAUUGAUAUAUUGGAAAAUUUUUCUUCUUAUCACCGAGCUUUACGAGUUUUAUGCUACGCUUUUCGAUUCAUUAAUAAAUGUCUAUCUAUAAAUAGACCACAUCAAAAUCUCGAUUCUCUCAAUCUAACCCACUCCGAAGUUACAGCGGUUAAAAAUAAACUCAUUAUCCUAGCUCAAAAAUCUUUUUAUGAAUCGGAAUAUACAUUAUUAUCUAAUUCACAACCAAUCCACGAAAAAAGUUCUCUCAAAACUUUAAAUCCAUUUCUCGACUCAAAUAAAAUUCUCCGAGUAAAUGGUCGUUUAUCGCAAUCAUCAUUACCUUAUAACGAACGCUUUCCUGUAAUAUUACCAGGCAACUCCCGACUCUGCCAAUUAUAUUUAAACCAUUUACAUACGACAUUAGCGCACGCAGAAUGCAACCACAUGUGCAGAAUGGUUCAGACAGAAUUCUAUAUUUCCCGUCUCAAACUGAGAAUAAAGAAAAUUAUUCGUCACUGUAAGAUUUGCAUAAUAUUCAGACAAAAAAAUUGUAAACAAAUAAUGGCUCCACUACCCCCUGAUAGAUGCAAUCUCUCAGUACCAUUCCAAACUACCGGGAUUGAUUUCGCUGGGCCUUUCGAUCUCAAAACAUCGAAAUUACGAAAUGCUUCCUGCAUAAAAGGAUAUGUCUCCGUCUUUGUUUGCUUUAGCACAAAAGCCAUACACCUCGAGGCGUGCUCAGACUUGUCAACUCCAGCUUUUCGCGCGGCAUUCGCUCGCUUUAUUGGGAGGCGGGGGCUCCCUCGCAGGAUAGUGUCCGAUAACGGUCGCAAUUUUCUCGGUGCUAGUAGGGAACUAAGCAGAGAAUUUGCAUCGUUUAUAAACUCAGCAGCUGAGGAUAUUUCUCAAAAAUAUAUUACUCAAGGCUUCGAAUGGAGUUUUAUCCCACCACAUGCGCCUCAUAUGGGGGGCCUUUGGGAGGCCGCAGUAAAAAGUUUCAAAUUUCACUUCAAACGCACAGCAGGAGCCCACAAAUUUAAUUUCGAAGAAUUUUCCACCCUUCUCGCACGUAUAGAAGGAAUACUUAACUCUCGUCCAAUCUCAGCAAUGUCAGAAGAUCCAUCAGAUCUGACAGCCCUGACUCCAGGACAUUUUCUAACUGGAAAACCCAUAAUGGCGUUCCCAGAACCUAUGACCGAACAAAUAGCCCUAGUUAAAAGAUGGGAACAACUAAAAGCUCUUCACCAUCAAUUUUUCCUAAGAUGGAAGGAAGACUACUUGAAGGCUCUACACAAAAGGUACAAAUGGAAGAAUCCUUCAUCUAAUCUCAAACCCGGCGACCUAGUUGUAGUCAUCGACGAUUUACUCCCUCCAUCCGAAUGGAGAUUAGGGCGUAUAUUAAAUACUUACAAAGGUUCUGAUGACAACGUUAGAGUAGCUGAUGUAAAAAUCGUCAAUGGAGUUAUAACUCGUCCCAUUGUAAAGCUAUGUUAUUUGCCAUUUCUCAAAGAAAAUGAUGCCCUUACAAACUAAUUCCUACUUAUCAUUUAUCGUUUGUCACCAAUUAACAACUUCAUUUGCUCACUCUCAUGAUUAUCAUCAACUAAUCAUACACUUUUUUCCUUUUGUUUUUCUCUUUCUCUCUCAUUUUAUUGUCUUUAGGUCAAAUCCAUCCAGGCGGAACCCCGAAAUUCACCAAUGCAAGGUGUGCAGACAGUUCCACGCUCUCAGGUUUUGUCGCCGAUUCUUAAAAAUGAGUAUCACGGAGAGGAAUAGAGUGGUACACCGAUACCGGUACUGUAAAAAUUGUCUUGCUAGAAGCCAUCAACUCAGAUCAUGCACAUCUUUAGCUACUUGUCGCAAAUGUGACCAUCUCCACCACACGCUUCUUCAUCCUUUUGGUGGUAGACAAAAUGACCUGCGUGUCCGAAUCAGCCAUGAGUAUAGAAAAAGUGAACGUAAAACCAACAGACAAACCAUAACCAACAACAUUCAGCCAGCCGGAGUUUCAAAUUCAUCGUUGACUCCAAAUCAUCAAAUAAUUUCUGAGGCCAUCCGAUCCCUGGCGCAAGUUCUUUGCGUACAACCCGGCACCAAGAGUGCACAACUCCGAGAUGGCCGGCAUGUUUAAAAUCAAUUAUUUUAAACCAAACAUUUAUAUUAUUUAUGUAAUAAUAUAACUACGUAUUUCUUUAUAUUGAA